GGUACAUCCGCGUGAUUCAAUCCCGUUUCCGCUUCACGUAGCAGAGGACGCGGGGCCACAUGUGCCGUCGCAUCCCGGCGCGCAGGAAAACAAACGCACACAGCGGAAGCGGCAAAUAUCGCAGCGCACUCGCUGACGCGCGCCGAAGAAGCGUCGGCCGGAAACAAUCACGCGUCGAAAUACGGCCUUCGUUGUUUCGCCGAAGACGACUGCGGUAUGCCCGGCCGCAGCGAUCCGAGUUUUCAGCGCCUUAAGGAGAAACCAAUCAGAACACUUGGACCACCCAUUCUCGAGAUGAGUGCCCAACUCGAUGCAGAAUCUCAGGCCGAAGCGCCCGACGACUCAGGUUCCAAUUCGGUCGACCACCAUCAGCCGUCGUCACUCGUGGACUGCACCACCGGGGACACCACCGGAUCGGAGAGUAACAAGUUCGUCGGCGACGUCGACAUCAAGAGCGCAUCGUGUUGGCGUCGCGCCCUCGACGCCUUACUGGUCGCCAGGCUCGAGAUAUACUUGGCACUCUACCUGGUGGCGCGAAGGAUGAGCGCCACCGUCAUCCAGGACUUACUACUCCAGAAGUCGUGCCUCUACAAGCUCGCCCAGAACGCCAGCGUCUGCUCGCACUUGGACGACUUCGUGGACGUCAAGGACGAGGCUGAGCAGUACGCGAGCACGACGAGCAUGAUGCGCGCCGUCGUCCUCCUGGCGCCUUCAGCGGUCAUGGCCAUCUUCGUCGGGCCCUGGUGCGACAAGUACGGCUACCGAACGCCUCUGGUGAGUGCCAUGCUGGGAUUCAUGACCAGCACGCUAAUCGACAUCUUUACCGUGUACCACAUGGCGACGCCACUCUACGUGAACAUACUCUCCAUGGUUCCGGACGGCCUGUGCGGAGGACCCAUCAGCAUCUUCACGGCCAUCUGCAGCACGGCGACUCUGUCCACCAGGGAGGACCGUAAGCGCAUCAAGUUCUUCGCCAUCAGCAUAGCCAUGUCGCUGGCCGGUCCUUUGGGCAGUUACGUGGGUGGCCAGGUGUACGGUCGCUACGGCUGGACGCCCGUGCUCUUUGCGUCCUUGACGCUAGAGUUGUUAGCGCUCGUCUGGACCUUCACGGCCAUCAAGAGCCUCGCCAAGCCCGAACACGCGAAGGACGGGCUGUCGCUCAGGUUGAAGAACUUCGUUCAGCUGAAGAACCUGAUUGAGAGCUUCAAGAACGCGAUGAAGGUCCGGCCCAAUAAGGGAAGGCUGCAGCUCUGGUGUCUUCUCGGGGCCACCUGCUGUGUCAUAUUUGACCUGUCGGCCUCGGGAAUCGCUUACUACUAUGUGCGCAAGAUGUACUCCUGGACGGUGGCCUACUACUCAACGGUGCAGUACGUGUCGACCGUGGUUGGCGUGGCCCUGAACGUGCCCAUCGUCUUCCUCUUCGUGAAGGUCCUCAAGAUCAGCGACCCCGCCAUGGCAGUCGUCGGCUCGUGCUUCGCGGCAGCGCAGAUGCUCAUACUGGGGCUCGCCUUCGAAGAAUGGCUGUACUACUUGCAAUGUCUUGUUGGACUUCCCACUUUCCUUGGCCAGGUAGGCAUGAGGACCCACCUGUCCAAGCUUGUGGCACCUGACGAAGUCGGCAAGGUGUUCUCAUUACUGGCCUCAUUCGAAUCAGUGGUGCCUAUAAUUGGGGAAGUGCUACUCACCACUAUAUUCAACCAGUCUAUUGGGUUCUUGCCUGGAAUGCCUUACCUUGCGGCUGCUGCAGUAACCUGCAUAGCCGUCGGCCUCACUUCGUACGUCACCAGAGUGCAUCGGCACAGCAUUAGGUAUGAGGAGAUGUCCAAGUCGGAGAUAUCCUCGGGGCCCAUCAACGACUGAGGCGACGGUGGGCCUGCAUGCUGAUGAACAGCUUUAGCGAGACAUGCGAAAGUGCUUGGCAGCCGUGCAUAACAUGUAUUUAUUGUAUAUGCUGUAACGGAGUUUGUCACCUUUUUUUGGCAUAUGCAUCAGUGACGGCCUCCCCGUGAAUUGAGGUGUUAGCAUAUACAUCACUGCCAUUGAUUCAUUCGGCAUGUGGACGUUUCUGCCUCGUGGAGUUGGUUAUCCAAUUUCUUUAAGGUGGCAUUUAUGUUUGCUAGCCAUGACUUCAAACAUUACUGUGAAAUCUGCCUUGAGGCUUUGAGCUCGUGAAGUGCAUUUCACCUCCAAGUUUUUUUCAUUAAUAUGUAUACAUUAGUGCUACAACACACUGUACUCAUAGAAUCUUCAGACCCAUUGCAACUAUAGCACCUAUAGACUGUGUACAGCUGUGAAAUUUGUUACUUCCAUAAUUUUGUUUUAAUGUGACGUUAAAGAGAUCUUGUCAGUAGGUAUUGUGUAGACAAACGUAGUGAUUAAAGGUGACCAAACUAGCAAAACAACUAUUUGUACAGAGUACUAAAGUCAAACAGACACAUUGCUGUAGGUGCAUGUGAUCAAAGUAGUGUGAAUAUUCAUUUUAUCACCUGAGAACCAAAGAACGGAAGAGGCCAAGAGGGCCUAUGCUUACUGAAGAAGCACGGACAUGGUCCUUUGCUCACUUGGAACUUAGUUCUCUAACGUUCCACUCACAUUGAGUUUUGGGCAAUGCUGUCCUCUCGGGCUUUUGCACGAACUGAGGAGUUAACAACAGGUGCACGUGGUUAAUACUAUAGUCGCUGAUCACCAGCACCACGUAGAAAGAGGUCAAGAUAUGGAUAAAAACCUGUUUUACUGAGUACGAAGCCAUGUUUUUCUCUUUUAUUCCGAAGAUACGUACAAAAACCUAGAGACAAAAAUUUUCGACACACAUAGAGAACUCCAGCUGGAAGUCAGCACUUUACCCGGCCCACAUUCUCUUCUGUUGCCCCACCUUCUCUUGCCUUGGAAUGCACGCACAAAAAAUUAUAACUCACUUGUCAAUAUGCUGUUCAUAAAUAUAUUGUAUAAAGAUGCUGUUCAUGAAUACACUGUCUACUAGACACAUUAAUAGAUAUUGACUGCUGUGAUAAUGACAGGCACCAACUCUUUAUAUUGUGCAAUAUUUACGCAAGCAAAAGCACCUGGCCAUUAUUACCCUCUCACACUUUUCAUGGAACAUCCUAUAGAUGUAUGAAAUUAGUGAGUUUAUUGAUGAACAAAGAGUCUAUUGUGUUUGAUAUUGAUUGGAAAUUUUGAAGUUGCCAUGUUUUCAGCAAAAAAAAAGAGAAUUUCAUUUCGCCACUGCAACCAAUGCACAGUGAUUAAAAUCAGCAAUGCAAUGAUGAAAAGUCCUUCAAGUUCCUUCGAUUGCAAGGAAAUGUGAAGUUACAUGGUUGCAAAAAUGUUUGUAGUAAUAAGCUUUCAUCAAGCAGCACACUUAUUUUAACCAAUUUACUUACAUACCCUAUUAAUUUUUUUAUCCUCCUCGUCACGGUAUGCUUCGCCGCUCAGUAUUCGGACACAAAUAUUAUGGUAAGUGCAGAAAACAAAAGGAAGGGUUAUUUUAUGUCCUGAAUGUACUUAAUACUUAUUUCAUUCCAAUCCCUUGAUUAUUUAACAAAGUGCACAAAGUCUUCAUGAAUAUUGUCUGUAUUUAAUUUUAAUGCUCCAUCAUUCUUGCAUACUCAUCACAGUCGCCUAUGGCACAAUUGCUGUGCAGUUUUGUACAUUCGCUCUCUAUACCAGGUCUGCAAAGUUUGUUUUUAUUCAUGCAAUGUGUGUACAAUGCGUCAUCCACAUUUUUUCCCUUUUAAACCACUUCUCAGAGAUGGGUACUGGGUAAGAAUGUAACAGAAAUGUACAUGUUAAUAAAGGUGAAAAUGUCCGAGAUGGACGAAA